AUGAGUCAAGUGUAUGGCACGGUUACCGAUGAAAACAUAAGCGACGCUCCAAUAAAUAAGAAUUGUGAAGCUACUUGCUAUCUUGAUACAGAUUGUAUGCUGGCAUUUUUUGAUGCAGAUAGUCAUUGUCUGCUGAUAAGUUACAAUGCAACUGAAAAAUUAGAAGUGGUGUUAACUUCUAAAUCUGACGGGCUGCAGACCAAUCCUCCAAGUGACUCCUGUCCUUCGUUCGAUGAGUUUCAGCCAGUUUUCAAUAUGGGAGACAACUCUAUUCCCUGGCAGAAAGAGGGCGACACUUGGAUAUUCCGAAAAUGUGUGGGCGACUGGAAACUAUUCAAACGUACAGAUCCAAAUAUCACUGUCUGUAUGCAGGCGUACCCUUUUGGAACUCCGACUUCAAGAAAUGAUUCUGAUUUAUUUUGUGGAAAAAUGGGUUUCAAGGUGACUGGUGUGGCUACUGUUGAAGAGAUGUCUUGGAUUCUGAGUAGAAUGAACGUGUUGAUAUCAAACUUCAUCAAGUAUCAAGGAUUCUUUGUAGAUGGUAUUAGACCUUGUACCGAUAACGUUUGCGGAAGAUAUAUCUUCGAUUGGAGCGAUGGCUACACAAACGGAACCGCUCUAUUGUAUUCUAGCUACACAGAGUUAUCUGAGGGCGGAGAAAACUGUUUGACAGUCACCAAAAAUGGUCAAGGGUUGGUGAGACUCAACGACGCCAGCUGUGAUCCAGCCGGAACUGGUAUCGGAGUAGUGUGUGGUUAUAAGAUGUUGCUAUGA